AUGGAUAGAGUUACUUCAAAACGAGUUAAAAACAAUGUGUUGAUAGAAAAAAGUGGUAACAAUGAGAAGAAGGCCCUUAGUAAAAGAAGGACAAACAUGAGUAAAAAAAAAAACACCUUCCUAAAUGAAGAAUCGAAGAAUGAUGAAGCUAUUAAGAAGAAUUUGAAAAGAGUGAAAAAUGAAAAGAUUUCCAAAAAUGCAAAAGACAAGUUGGAAAGCACCUGCUUAAUUAGAACCAGAAGCAAGGAAAAUGGCAAAAAGGACACUGUAUAUAAGGGGAUAGAAAAGGAGAAGAAAUACCCCCAUGCAAGCAAAGUUACUUCCAUUAAAAGAAACAAUGCAAAUGCUAAUGAUGGCGGGGAGAACCGCGUCGUGGACGGGAAAAAUUACAAUGUGAAGAGUUCAAAUUACACAAUUUUGAACUACUUUAAGAAUAAAAGAGCGACCGAUAAGUAUGCCAGCAAGGCGUCCGUUGGGGGAAAUUCUAAGGCCGCUAACGAUAGCGAGGCGCGCAAUGAAAGCAAUAACUGCGUAGACUGCAGCGUCAGCAGUAACGCGCCGAGUCAGGCCGUCAGUCACGCGGCGAACCAGACGGCCAACCAAGCCAUCUCGAACUACGCGAACGGAGCCAACCAAACCAAUUAUCUCAACAUGAAAAAUAACAUCGAGCAUAACCUCAUGAAUUAUAAAAAGUCCAAGUUGAACCAAAUGCACGCGGAGAAUAUCAGCAUGGACUCCUACAGGUCGAACAACUCAUCGAAUAGCGAGUUGUACAUCGGACCGGAGCACCACAAUUUGUAUGCAAGCAACCAGGAGUACACUAUUGGUGGUAGAUCCUCCAUGCAGUUGAAGGAAGGUAGCCUGCGGAGUAGCACCAGUAGAGCGGGGGGAGAACUGCAUACGAGUUUGAAAAGUGGUAAUAUGUUGAAUGGCCCCUUACAGUUGAGCGAUUUGUACAGCUCCAGGAAUGGAGAUUCGUCCACCGUGUUGACUAGGAGUUCUUUAUACAAAUGUAAAGAGGAGCGCGCAGAUAGGGCCGAUGUGACCCAACGGGUGGAUAGGGCGACCCUUGGAUUGUCUGCCAUUGGGGAGGAGGGCGAAAAGGGAUUUUGUGGCUCCGGCCCAAAAAACGGAUUCAUCAUGAGUAGCAGCCUGGGCACCGCAUUGAACGGCUUCAGAGGAAAGGCGAUUUCGCAGGUGGAAAGAGGUUUAGGAGGAGUCGGCGUAACUGAGCUCAUGGGGAAUGGCCAAGGGAGGCACCGUGAAACUGGGUACAGAGCAGGCCUAGAUAUGAGACGAAGCGGUGACCACCUGUACAGUUACAAGGAUAGGAAUAAAGAAUACUUAGAUUCGAUAAAUUUGUCAAUCAAUGGAGAAAAUGAAAGGCAAAGGGAACAACUCCUUGGAAGGUCUCUCCCGUGUAGAAAUAAUAUGGUGAACAGUACAAAGUCUGAUGAAGAAUUAUUUUCGAGCAAUAUUUUGAAUUUUGAGAAUUACUGUUCAAAUAGGUUUAAGCGAAGUAUGAAUAACAACCUGAUUAACAAUAUAUGUAGCAUGUACGAGGAUAAAUCAAAUUUAGAAGAUUUCAUUUCGCGGAAGAGAAGAGGAGAAGGAGGUGUGUGUAAGUCGAAGGAGGAUUUUCUAAAGUACAGAUUGGAUGAUAGUUUGAUGGUAGGUGUGAGAAAUGAUCAUUUUGAAGGGGAAAAACUUUUUAAAAGACCACGCAUGUCCUUGUAUAAUAGUCUCCUGGGGAAAAACCGAUUUCAAGAUGGAAAGAGGGUGGAGAAGAAGGAACGGGACAGCAUGUCGGAUCUUCUCCUCCAUCAUCAAGAUUUGCUCAUCAACAAGAGAGAAAAAAUUGUGGUAAGUAAAGAAGUAGACACGAAGGAAAUCAUAAUAAAAAAAUACAUAAAGAAUUUUUGGCUACUUAGUCGAAAGGAAUUUUUUAGUAAAUACUGGAAUGCAUCUGUAGAAUUGGAGAGUAUAGAAGUGGAGAAGCUGAAGGAGUUGAUCCCAUUUCCAGAUAAUCAGACUUGUACAAUUGAUGACCUGUUCAGUAAAGACAACGAGAUUGUUGAUGAGGACCAGGUGUUGAAGGACUACGUCACGGAUGAAAAGUUGAAGGAUUUUCGCUUAGACCUGAUUGACGGCUUCCUCUACGACAAGCAAUCGCUGUACGAGCGGGAGAUGCUUGAAAAUGAUAAAAUAUUUUCACACAUUUCUUUUAAUCACAAAAAUUCAGAGAUCAAAGUGGAUAAGCUGUUAAAUUUGUUUCCUCGAGAUUUCAUGAGGAAGUAUAAAAUUGUGAAGAAAUUAGGAGAAGGGGUUUAUGGAAAAGUGUUUAAGGCGGAGUCGUUAGAGGAUUCAUAUUUGCAUUUUGCCGUGAAGGUAUUACGUUACUUUUGGCCAAACUUCAAAUACAAAUUCGGUUCCGAGGAGUUUGCCAUUAACGAGUUUAACAUUAUGCGUAUUUUGUUUCACCCUAAUGUGGUGUGUCUGUUGGAUAGCUUCCGCGUUCACACAUAUAGGAAGAGUAAGGUAAAAACACAUCGUAGCCAGAAAACUCGAAACGAGACUCUGUCAGCUGAGUAUGACUUUAGUUUUCAGAGGCAUCGCAAAGUGGAGCGAAAUCAAUAUUCCCCCUCUCGCGAUACUAUUGAAAGGAACAACAAGUACCAGAAUUUAAUUUCGAAGAGCUGCAUAACGAUUGAGGAUUUGGAGAAGGAUUUGGUUAUGUACAAUAUUGAUAAGGAGGAGAGCUUGAAUAGGGAUGCCCACUUGGGCAGUCACUUGAACAGGACGAUUAAAAGUUUGAGGAGUUACCAGACGGAGGGUAGCGCUACUGUUGGUGGUAGCGGUAGCAGCACCGUGGGGAGUAACAGCACGUAUGGAUCGACCAACUCGCGGAAGGAUGUGCGAAAGGAUCGCAGCAACGAUCUAAGCGUUUUGCACGCGAAGAAGAAAGUCAGGACGGGCACUUUCAAAUCCGCCACUGGUGCAAGAGUGAUGAGCGGAGGAGGUCGAACCCAACACUGGUCAGAGUUGCACAGACUGAAGAUGAACAAGAUGACUAGGACAAACAAAAGUAUCGAUAAGCUCAAAUUUAGGAAGCACUCAAGGAAGUUAAAAAAAAUAGAAAAUAAAAACAACGACUAUAUUGAAAAUUGGGAUCUUUUCCUGGUCAUAGAAAAAUGUGAUUGUAGUCUUAAUGACAUUUUAAGUAAAGCGAAGAAGAGACACACUUCCUUCAUCCAACACAUUAAGCAAUGCACUGCACAACAUUUGCCAAGUGAGAGAAUCGACAUGUCCUAUGACCAUAUACACAAUUACGUAAAGUAUGUAUAUCUUCCAUUGAAGAAAAUUGAGAAUCGAUCCUUCUAUCCUGAAAUGCCAUCUCUGUCUGAAAUACAGACUAAGGUCAUUAUAUACCAGAUGCUUCAAGGAAUUAAUCACUUCCACAAGAAAUUUAUAAUUCACAGGGAUAUAAAGCCAGCCAAUACAUUGAUUAAAAAUAUUAAAUAUUUGUCAGAUGGGCUGAAUGAUUCAAAGGAGUGGAUUGUGAAGAUAGCUGAUUUCGGUUUGGGGGUAUAUGAUCACUUUUUAAAAGCGGAAACGAAAGAUUGUAAUAUUAUUACACUGCAAUAUAGGCCACCUGAAAUUUUGUGUAACAGUACCAUGUACAAUUACUCAGUGGAUAUUUGGUCCAUUGGCAUCACCAUGUGUGAAUGCCUAUUAGGGUUUGUACCAGUGACUUCGAAAUUUGAAUCCUCCGUGCUGUUCAAAAUUUUAGUUUUUCGAGGCAUCCCGGAUGACGACUUUGACAAUCUGUUGAAGAAGGAGUUCGUGGGGGAGUUGCCCCAAUUUAAGGUGGACAGGCUGAGAAUGUUGGAGGUGAUUUUUACAGAUAUAUAUGGCCGUAGGUUGCUGAGCGAUCAUGGCAUUGAUCUGAUUGAUCAGUUCCUCAGCUACGACUACAAGAACAGGAUCACCGCGAACGAAGCGCUCAAGCACCCCUGGUUCGAGGACGUGCACCUCUACCUCAACGAGCGCCUGCUCCGCUACUACAAGCGCACGGGCACGUACUACUUCUGA